GGAGCCGUAAAGCGUUGUGUUUUUUUGGAGAGGGAGGUCAUUGGAAAGUGAGGUAGCUAACUGGGUUUUUUCGGGAGACAGAUAUUUACUCGCUACCGUAUGGUAUCAGACAUUCUGAUGCCACAGUAGCCAAAUACGAAUCAAAGAAGGUGCUUUAGCUAUAUCACUUACAAGAAUGCUCCGUUUAAUCUUGCGGCUGAGGCCGUCCGCUGCUAUCCCCUGCUCCCGUACCCUCCCAGGGCCUGCGCUCAGCUCACGCUCCGGACCGGGGGCCUGUCAUCUGAAGCGGUACCAUUCUGGUGUGCGAUCCCGGGCUGUGUGCAACGGUGUCAAUUUCAACACUAUUAUAUUCACAAACAGAACAUCCCUGUUGCAAUGUCCUCAACCUGUCAGCUGCAGCCAGUCCAAGCGAUGCUACAGCCUACCCCCUCACCAGAAGGUGGAGCUGCCUGCCUUGUCCCCUACCAUGCAGACAGGAACCAUCGCUCGCUGGGAGAAGAAGGAGGGAGACAAGAUUGGCGAGGGAGAACUCAUCGCUGAGGUGGAGACUGAUAAGGCGACAGUAGGGUUGGAUAUAAUGGAGGAGUGCUACCUGGCUAAGAUCCUUGUUGCCGAGGGCACCCGGGAUGUACUGGUGGGCUCUGUCAUCUGCAUCACUGUCGAGAACCCUGAUUUCAUCCCAGCCUUCAAGGACCUGUCGCUGGAGAAGCUAGCCAGCUCCGCCGCAGCGGCCGCCCCGCCUCCACCCCCACCUGCAGCCGGCCCCGCCGCCCCGGGCAGCUCCUACCCCCCACACCUUAAGAUCAUGCUGCCCGCCCUUUCCCCCACAAUGACUAUGGGCACAGUGCAGCGCUGGGAGAAGAAGGUGGGAGAGAGGCUCGCUGAAGGGGACCUGCUGGCUGAGAUCGAGACCGACAAGGCCACCAUCGGUUUCGAGGUGCAGGAGGAGGGCUACCUGGCUAAGAUCAUGGUGCCGGAGGGGACCCGUGACGUCCCCCUGGGGGCGCCCCUCUGCAUCAUCGUGGAGAAGGAGAGCGACAUCGCGGCCUUCAGCAACUACGUAGAGACGGGCGUGGCCGAGGUCCCUGCACCGCCCCCAGCUCCAGCACCGGCCGCAGCCCCUCCUCCUGUAGCGGCCCCCGUGGCGGCUAGCCUCGCGGCCCCUGCAGCAGCGAGGAAAGGGCGCGUGUUCGCCAGCCCCCUGGCAAAGAAGGUGGCGGCUGAGAAGGGCAUCGACCUGGCCCAGGUGACCGGCUCCGGGCCCGAUGGCCGUGUCACCAGGAAAGACAUCGACAGCUUUGUCCCGCCUAAGGCUGCCCCUGUGGCAGCUGCAGUCCCGGUUGCCCCGGCAGCGCCCGCCCCUGCCCCUACCCCCGCCACCCCCGCUCCCACAACGGUCCCCGCUGGCACCUUCACAGACAUCCCCAUCAGCAACAUCCGCAAGGUGAUCGCUCAGAGGCUGAUGCAGUCCAAACAGACCAUCCCGCACUACUACCUGUCUGUCGACGUCAACAUGGACCAAGUGAUUGAGCUGAGGAAGGAGCUCAACGAGGAGGUGAAGGCCCAGAACAUCAAGCUGAGUGUGAACGACUUCAUCAUCAAAGCCAGCGCUCUGGCCUGCCUCAAGGUCCCUGAGGCCAACUCCUCCUGGUUGGACACGGUCAUUCGCCAGAACCAUGUGGUGGAUGUCAGCGUAGCCGUGAGCACACCUAACGGCCUGAUCACGCCCAUCGUGUUCAACGCCCACACCAAGGGCCUGGCCUCCAUCUGCUCUGACGUCUCAGCGCUCGCCGCCAAGGCCCGCGACGGGAAACUCCAGCCGCACGAAUUCCAGGGAGGUACGUUCACCAUCUCCAACCUGGGGAUGUUUGGCAUCAAGAACUUUUCCGCCAUCAUCAACCCUCCUCAGGCCUGCAUCCUGGCCGUGGGCGGCUCCGAGAAACGUCUUCUGCCCGCCGACAACGAGAAAGGGUUCGACGUGGCCAGUAUGAUGUCGGUGACCUUGAGCUGUGACCAUCGGGUGGUCGAUGGCGCGGUCGGAGCGCAGUGGCUCGCCGAGUUCCGCAAGUUCAUGGAAAGACCCGUCACCAUGCUGCUGUGAUUGGAUGAUGCCGUCGCCAUGCCAUUGUGAAAUGCUGGAUCCAGUCGCCCGAGUCGAUCUGAUUGGUGCAAAUCGGUCAAGGUCGUCCUGUGAUUGGCCAGUCUACCACAAGGACACUCUUACUCCUCCUCUAAAAGGGACGAGGCAGAACUCCUUAUUGUACGCUCGCUCUCUCCCUCUCCCACUUCUCUCUCUCCUCUAUCCUCCAUUGAUACUGUAUUUAUUAAGGCCCCAUGUCUCCUGUGAGACUAGAUUUAGUUACAGUUUAACCAAGUUUAGAGGCUCAGGCCCAGAAGGGAACUGUUACAGGCCCAACCAGUGUGCAAACAUAACCCAUGGUGUAUGUAUGUGUGUGUGUAUGUCGGCCCAGAGUAUAUAUAUCUUAUCUGUGAGUGUGAGUAUGAGUGUGUUUUAACGGCCAAAGAACAAGCAGCUCUCUCUGGGUACCGAGUGCAAGGUUCUCCUGGGUUCUCCACAUGCUGGCGGUUCUAAGAUGGCUGAGGGGAAUGUAAACAGAUGGAUGGGGCUGAUCACUGGUUAACUGAACGUGAGACACACAGGUCAGAGCUAGACACACACACACAAUAAACUAGCUCCCCAUCUAACACAGAGACAAAACCUACUGGUAUCAAAACAAUCUUUGCUGUAUAAAUGCUUUGUCUGUAUGAAUGUGUUGUGUGUUUACUCAACUGUGGGGUGCUAUGGAGAGGGUAUAAUGUAAGUGCUCCUCACUAUUGUGGGGGGAGAGAUUCUAGUAUAUUGUUAUUGUAUAUCAUCCUCGGGCUUGCAGGUGUCAGUGAAUGAGCUACAGAUGUGUAAGGUAUUUGUAAGCAUAGCAGCAUAGCCCUCCACAGUGGGCGGAGCUACCCCCCCCCCUACUACCUUACACCCAUCCAGUUCCUUCAGAUCUGUGAGACCCUGCAGGUUGGGGGGCGAGGAGUUUGUUUGAAAAAUCCUGAAUGUCGGGAUGCGAGGGGAAAAACGGAUUGAUGACAUCACACACUCCCGACUCAGCACUUUGUGGUCUCGGCCAAUCUCCACGGGGGAGCGUUUUCUUUUCUGACCUUGAUACAUACACCAACUUACAGCUGAAACGUUCUGUAUUUGACAAACAUGCUCACAAAGUGAUGGAGAUAGAUGUACUGUCAUUCGAUGAAUAAAUUGAAACAAGUCACAGAGACGGCAAAUA